ACAAAAAAUAAAUAAAUAACGGCGCGAGCUCGCGCCAUUGCGCCUCUUCUGUCAGAAACAUCGUUAUAAAUGCCGGAACCCCGAACCAUGGUCCAAACUGCUCCACCUUUCCAUAUGGCGAACGCUGGUGAAGAUAGGGAGCUCCUGGCCAAAGAAGUGUUUGAAGUUCUGCAAGAAAUGUCCCAACUUCUGAACACCGGACUGAGUCCCGAAGCGUUGGCCGUCUGCGUUCAACUAUGCGAGCGCGGCGCCGCUGAUCCGAGGAGUCUGGCGAACCUCGUCAACGGCCUUCGGACGAAUACUGCUACUACGCUCAACGGCAAUUCUUCUGCUAACACGCGACGGCAGGAGCACGCGGAGCGGUAAAGCCGAAUCGACACCCACAGAGAUCAUCUCACCGUGCCAAACAGCCUCAUGCAAUAAAGAUGACUGCUUCAGUGGAUUUCCAUGUUA